UUCGGGCGGGUGCUGUAGCGGUACCCGGAGGCCAUGAACCCGGUAUGGGUUUAGUGUACCAACCAGUCUGGUCAGGACUCAGGACAGGAACGCACGCUGGAAUAACCGUUAUUUCGGUUUUCAACUCUCUCAGACGUACGGCACCUACACCAAACGGUCGCCCGGAGUCUGGUUGUUGAAGCUAAAACGCAAAGCCUCAGAGGCAGAGCCCAACAACACACCAAUCCCUCACUUGUUAGUCACACAAAAAUAUUUAACUUUUUCAACUGUCUCUACCUUCUCUUCAAAUCUUCAACCCCUCAAAGAAAAAUGUAUUCUUGGGCUUUUCUUCACCAGCACCAUCAUUAUCAUCUUCUUGGUUCAGCUGUUUCAUAUAUGUCAUUUUCCAUUUUUCAUAAACCACCACACAGUUCUUAUGAGACGCCCCAAACUUCCCACCAACCACUACAGACUUCCCACAUCCGACCCAACUCGCCAAAAUCUCCUCAACAACGAUUCUGAUACACCCAAAGAUGGAUUCAACUAUUGGGUCUUUGGGUUUCUCAAGCGGUUUAUGUCCGGAAAUAAAAUCGACGGAGGGUCACGGACGGAGGCGGAAGAGAAGGUGUACUCUUGGUUAUACGCCUUGGCCCAGUCGGAUAAGGACUUGGUUUUUGAGUAUGUACGAUCCACCGAAAGAGGCCUGAGCUUCACUGAAGCUGAGAGGCGAUUGAAGGAAAAUGGCCCAAAUGUUCCUCUUGAUUAUUCUUUUCCAAGCUGGUGGCAUCUUCUGUGGACUGCUUUUUUCCAUCCUUUUAAUAUCAUUCUCAUUGUUUUGUCUGUGCUGUCAUACAUAACCAGCGACAAUCCAAAUGGAUGCGUCAUGCUUGUAUUGGUUUUUAUUAGUGUUUCCCUCCGAUUCUACCAGGAAUAUAGCAGUUCAAAGGCAGCCAUGAAACUUUCAGAAUUAGUAAGAUGCCCCGUCAAAGUUCAAAGAUGUGCAGGAAGAGUCGUUCAGACUGAAUUAAUUGUUCAAGUUGAUCAAAGAGAUGUUGUUCCUGGUGACAUUGUUAUUUUUGAACCUGGGGACCUUUUUGCUGGAGAUGUGAGGCUUUUAUCUUCAAAACAUCUUGUUGUAAGUCAGUCUUCACUAACAGGGGAGUCCAUGGCAACAGAAAAAACAGCUGACAUCAGAGAAGAUCAAAGCACUCCUUUACUAGAGUUGAAGAAUAUUUGCUUCAUGGGAACAAAUGUGGUAUCAGGUAGUGGAACUGGUCUAGUAGUGUCCACUGGAUCCAAGACUUACAUGAGCACCAUGUUUUCAGCCAUAGGGAAGAAGAAACCACCAGAUGACUUCGAGAAUGGUGUCCGCCGCAUAUCUUAUGUGCUUAUUGCUGUUAUGCUAGUAGUAGUCACCAUCAUAGUCAUAAUUGAUUACUAUACAUGCCAUAAUUUGAGCGAAAGUCUGCUUUUUGGAAUGUCAGUUGCAAGUGCACUCACUCCUCAAAUGCUCCCCCUAAUUGUUAACAUAAGUCUUGCUAAAGGAGCACUUGCUAUGGCCAGAGAUAGAUGCAUAGUCAAAAGCAUAACUGCCAUCCGAGACAUGGGAUCAAUGGAUAUCUUAUGCAUUGAUAAGACGGGCACACUCACCAUGAACCGUGCCAUCAUGGUUGACCAUCUUGACAGCGGGGGUUUACCCAAAGAAAAGGUUCUACAGUUUGCCUUCCUUAACUCCUACUUCAAGACUGACCAGAAGUAUCCUCUGGACGAUGCAAUUUUGGCAUAUGUUUAUACAAAUGGAUACAGGUUUCAGCCAUCCAAGUGGAGGAAGAUAGAUGAGAUCCCAUUUGAUUUCAUACGACGAAGAGUAUCUGUUAUCAUGGAAACAGAAUCACAUGCGGAAGAUAUAAAUCUUCAAUUUAUCGACCGAUUCAUGGUAACAAAAGGAGCAUUGGAAGAAGUAAUGAAAGUUUCUUCUUUCAUUGAGCAUGUUGAUACCGGUGCAAUAACAAAUUUAUCUCCAGAAGACUGUCAGAGGAUUCUAAGUAUGGCAGAAGAGAUAAGCAAUAAGGGCUUACGGACAAUAGGAGUAGCAACAAAGAGGCUGAAACCGCAAAUCAGUAACGGAAGCAUGGCCAAUGAUGAGACUUGUGAAUCAGACAUGGUGUUCCUCGGCCUGAUAACAUUCUUUGAUCCACCCAAGGACUCGGCAAAGCAAGCCUUGUGGCGGUUGGCGGAGAAGGGGGUGAAAGCGAAAGUAUUAACAGGUGAUUCACUCUCCCUGGCAAUAAGGGUUUGCCAGGAAGUAGGCAUCAAAACAACCCAUGUAGUUACUGGGCCCGAGCUUGAGCUACUCGAGCAGGAUUCCUUCCAUGAGACCGUUAAAAGAGCAACAGUACUAGCUAGGCUCACCCCAACUCAGAAAUUCCGAGUAGUCAAGUCACUGCAGACGGUUGGCAAGCAUGUGGUCGGGUUUUUGGGGGAUGGUGUAAAUGACUCCCUCGCAUUGGAUGCUGCCAAUGUAGGUAUAUCAGUUGACUCAGGGGUAUCAGUUGCAAAAGACUUUGCCGACAUCAUCUUACUGGAGAAAGACCUCAACGUCCUUGUCGCCGGAGUUGAACACGGCCGAAUUACUUUUGGGAAUACUAUGAAAUACAUAAAAAUGUCAGCUAUUGCCAAUUUAGGAAGUAUUCUUUCACUCCUACUGGCAACCCUGGUCCUUAAGUAUGAGCCAUUGACUCCAAGGCAGCUUCUUACACAAAACUUCUUGUAUAGUGUGGGCCAAAUUGCUAUCCCAUGGGACAAGAUGGAAGAAGAUUAUGUCAAAACCCCAAAAAGAUGGUCUAAGAAAGGCUUGCCCAUGUUCCUAUUAUGGAACGGACCUGUGUGCACUCUUUGUGAUGCAGCCACCCUCAUGUUCCUUUGGAUCUAUUACAAGGCUAUGGGUUCUAUGGAGGUGAAUUUCGUUCGUACUGCGUGGUUUAUUGAAGGGCUUCUAAUGCAGACUCUGAUUAUCCACUUGAUCCGGACAGAGAAAAUUCCCUUCAUUCAGGAGGUUGCCUCAUGGCCAGUGCUCUGUUCCACGCUUUUGAUUUCUGCCAUUGGAAUCGCAAUUCCUUUGACACCACUUGGGAAAGUCAUGGGAUUUGUUACCCUACCUUUAUCAUAUUUUGGAUUUAUGGUUGUUCUGUUUCUAGGAUACUUUACAAUCGGCCAGGUGGUCAAGAGACUUUACAUUUUUGUUUAUAAAAGAUGGCUUUAGAUAACAGACUGAAUUCACAUGAGAACGUGCAUUUGCACAAUAAAACUGCUCGAGGAUAGCGAAAUUAGAGGAAGAAAA